AUGAUUGAAGAGACGAUAAUGAAGGCUGAGUUAAGUGGAGUAAAGGUGAUAAGUCUAGGACUUUUAAAUCAGAAACAAGAAUUUAGCGCACACUGCGCACAUUAUAUUGAAAGGGUUCCACAACUGAAGAUUAAAAUUGUAGAUGGUAGUAGCUUGGUUGCUGCUACCGUGCUGAACACCAUUCCCAAAGGGACAAAUCAUGUGCUUCUACGAGGCAGGUUUAAUAAGGUUGCUUUGGCCAUUACAAAUGCUUUAUGCACUCAAAAUGUACAGGUGACUGUUUUAUACAAGGAUGAACUGAAUGAGCUUGAGCGAUUACUCACCAUGUCAAAUGGAAGCUUUUCUCUUUCACCAAUCAAUAAUGCUCCAAAGAUAUGGUUAGUUGGAGAGGAAUGGAAUGAAGAUGAGCAAAUGCAAGCAUCAGAGGGAUCGUUUUUCAUACCAUUUUCUCAUUUUCCUCCAAAACAAAUGCGAAAAGAUUGUUUCUACAACUAUACACCAGCAAUGAUAGCUCCAACCACACUCAUAAACUUGCACUCAUGUGAGAACUGGCUUCCAAGGAGAAGAAUGAGUGCUUGGCGCAUUGCUGGAAUAGUUCAUGCCUUAGAAAGAUGGAAUGUUCAUGAGUGUGGUUACACUAUGUUUGACAUUAAGAAAGUAUGGGAAGCGACUAUUCGCCAUGGAUUCAAGCCCCUUAAGAUUCCACACUAG